GCUGGCCCAUCAGUGUGCUUCCCCAUAGCCAGCCCCUCCCGUUCCGAUCCACAGUGGCCUCGAGGGGUGAACCUCUUUCCCUGAAGCAAUAGUCCUCGGCGAAUCACGCAUGGUGGUUGGUGUGCAAUCACUGCCGCCAUGGUCAUAACGCCCGCCUCGGCAGUCUCGGUCUAGAGGACGAGACUGAGGACGAGGGAGGAGCCACAGCCAUAGCCACAGCAGCGAGUCUAGGCGGUCGAGGGAUACGAGGGAUUCGAGGUAUAAAUGCAAUGGGACGCCAUGCGAUGGAAACGAGCGGAUGAAAAAAGGCUUCCGAUGGAAAAGCCAUGCGAGCAGUGUCUGCGUUGUUGGAAUCGAAGGCCGAUCGUCGACUCGAGACUCGUCCUCCCCUCACCGACUGAGAAUCUGGAAAGCUGCUUGAGCUUUUUUGCCGAAAGGAGAGAACGCCUUCAGGCCAUGCGGCUCGAGGAAUAGUUUCCCAAAAGCUGCAGCAGGGACCGAAGGACUGCAAAUUCGUCGAUCAAUCGAGCAGACUCGGGAUUUUGCAGUCGAGCGCACACGGACUGACCUCGCACUGUAAGGUCAAAUUUGCAGGUGGAACGGGAAGCUCAGUCGAGCUGCAGACAUGGCGAAAUUGAUUCUGAACCUGAAGGUGCUGCGCAGUCAGGCCCAGCUCAAAGGAUGGAGCAAUCGGCCGCAAGUUCCUCUGAUCACCCGAUGGCAGCAGAAGACGAAGCCCAAGACGGCGGCAUCAGCAGCAGCAGCGGCCAGGAAUCUGAAGGCCACGGCAACCACGAGGCCAUGGGCAACCACGACGACCAAUGUGCUGCUGCUGCAUCCGAUCUGUCGCUGUUGCACGGACGUGGUGAAAUCCGUGAGGCGGCCUUCCAAGAGGCUGGUGUCGAAGGUGACGAGCCCCGGCUCCGCCGGAAGAAAGCCGACAUGGGAUGGUCUGCCAUCGACGCAUUACAUGAGGCUGUGGCCCGUGUCGGACGAGGACAAACUCCGCCAGGCCAGGAUCACGGCCGCCUCCGGAUUUCAGCCCAUCAACUCGCCGGAGCAGAUAAAACCCACGACCAACAAGAGGAAGAAGCGCAGCUGGAAGUUCUGGCAAUCUCUCUUCUAGACGACGAGAUUUUGGACCCUGCGUAGAAUCCUCGAUCGAGCUAUUAUUGUUCGAUCGAUCCUGGGUUUAGCGGCUUUUGUGGCGGUCGGUGAAUCUCCUUUCUGAUUUUCCCAAUUCGACCGAUUGUGGUUUCGUUCCGCGCUAGUCCAGCUCGUGAUCUGUACUCCAUAGCUGACUUCUUGUUGUUAUGUACAUAUUAAUGGGACUCUGUACAUUGAGUAUUCUCGAUCGAUAACGUGGACCAGUUCUACACUUUGAAUGUGUAUGACGAGUGUGAUGACGAUGAUAUUGACGUGAUGAUGGCCUCGGGAUCCUCCCAUCGACUGACAAGUCUACGGCAUUCGAUCCACUCUGUCCACACUGGAUUUGAGAUUGUCAUAUCUAAGAGCAGCCAUCACAUUCGCUCGAUGUAUAAGAAGAUGUUGGAAGCUUUCGUGAAACAUGUUGAUUGGCUUGAACUAGAUUUCGUACGUGAUCGUAGUAGAAUGUAGGAAAACGUUGCACAGAGAACGCUUCGGAGUAGUCGGCGGUCAGCAGAUUUACAGCAGUUCAGAGGAGAGCAAUGCUUUUUUCCUCGAGAAUUUCGAUGUCUUCGAUCGCUUUAUGAGCACAUUUAUGUGGUUGAAACAGUCAAUGUGUCUUACGAGAUCGAAGUAAGAACGCCGAUAUCAGACCGAGGUGGC